AUGACAGCCCUUACCUCUCUGAUAUCCGCUUCUCCCGAACAAUUCAAUCCCCUCAAUCCUAUUUCACCCUCAAAAAUCACCACCGACGGCGGAAUCAAACUCUCAGAAACUAAGCAGCUCCACGCGGCUCUUGUUAAAACAGGCCUUGCUCACUCCCGCUCCUCCCAGAACAGCCUCGUUGCCCUUUACGCCGCCGCCGCCGGCGACCAUGACUCUAGUGCCAUGGACUACGCCCUCCUCGUCUUCUCCCGCGCCCCGAAACCUACCGCCUUCAUGCGGAACACCAUCGUCCAGUCCCUCGCCAACUCCAACUCUCCGGCCAGCGCCAUCCGCUUCUACUGCGCCGCCCAUUUCGCUGCCAUUCCCCCAAAUCACCACACCUUCCCCGCGCUCCUCAAAGCCUGCUCCCGCCUCCUCGCCCUUCACGAAGGCCAGCAGAUGCACGCUCACUCCCUCAAAUCCGGACUCGAGCAAACCCUACUCGUCCGCAACGCCCUCGUUAACCUCUACUCGACAUGCGGCUACCUGACCGACGCCCGCCUCCUGUUCGAUGAAAUGCCCGAGCGAGACAUCAUCACCUGGAACUCCCUGAUCGCGGGUUACUCUAAGCACGGCCUCUCCCAAGAAGCCCUUGACCUCUUCCGCUCUCUACAAAAAGCUCCCCACCCGCGCCCGGACGCAAUCACCGCCGUGAGCGCGCUCUCGGCAUGCGCCAACGCCGGAGCGCUCGAGCUAGGCGAGUGGGUUCACGCCUACGCCAAAAAACACGAAAUAGACCAAGGGAUCACCGUCCGCACCGCUCUCAUCGACAUGUACGCCCGGUGCGGGGCAAUCGCCCGAGCCGCGGAGAUCUUCGAACUCACUCCCCGGCGAAACCUCGUGUGCUGGACUUCGAUGAUCACCGGGCUGGCGGUUAACGGUCGGGGCCUGGAGGCUGUCAACCUUUUCGACCAGAUGGUUCAGUUCGGGAUCCGGCCUGACGGGAUCGCAUUUGUCAGCGUGCUCUCGGCGUGCAGCCACGCCGGGAUGGUCGAGGAUGGGCAAAGAUUGUUCAACGACAUGAAAACGCGGUUCGGAUUGGAUCCCAGAACAGAGCAUUACGGGUGCAUGGUAGAUCUUCUCGGUCGAGCCGGCCGGCUGGAGGAAGCGCUUGGGUUGAUCCGGAGCUCGCCGACGGGGCAAAGUGAAGCAGUGCUUUGGCGAACGCUUCUGGGCGCGAGCAGCGCGCGAGGCGAGGUUGAGAUGGCGGAGCUGGCAAUGAGUGAGAUUGCGCGGGUGGAGCCGCGACACCAUGGGGAUUGGGUGCUGAUGGCGAAUGUUUACGCGAAAGCGGGGAGGAAGGAGGAGGCGGCGAGGGUGAGGAGGGAGAUGAGGAUAAAGAAGAUUGGGAAGGAGCCCGGAUGCAGUGUUAUUGAGGUGGGCGGGAGGAUAUACUCAUUUACGGUGGAGACCGAGUAG